GACAGAUUUCGGGAAGCGUAUGAAGAAAGCCAGAAAACGGCGAGCAUCUUGGCUUGGGCGGUCACGGGGGUUGCGUGCUUGCUCGGCGUCGCCGCGGUGACUCUGGCUCUUUAUCAAAAGGAAAAAUCCCCCCUCCCCAUAUCGAAAGGACAUCCAUCCGAAAAUUUGUGAUGCAGAUUUGUGGCCACAAAUCCUGUCUGUCUUGCAAGCAGCGGCAUUCACGCUGUCCGCCACGUUAUGCAGGCGAUUUGUAAUGCUGUAAGGCCUACAGGGUAGCCGUCUACCAUGCUAGAGGCCUACACCAAAAGGCUCCUACCUAGGCUUAAGAUCUGCGCGCAGUCCUCUACUGCAACACAAAUCUGCUCUGUGUACUCAAAUCCAGCAGCAGAAAUUUCGUUUUGAUAUGGGGAGGGGGGAUUUUUUCUUACAAUACUCUUGUAGUGGUGUUUCAUUUCCUGCUGGCGCGAGGACCCUGCAGUUGUUGUUGUUGGCGUACU